AUGAAUUCAUUUCAAAAAAUCAUCAUAUUAUUAUCUCUAAUAUCCAUUCUGAUUUUGUGUCUGCCCAUUCACCAAUCAAAAGCAGAAAUUGUCUACACUGAAUCUGAUCCAGAAUUAGAGGUGGUAAAACUUGAAACUUACAAGGACAAGUCUAUUUUAAUACGUGUCAUAAAACAACUUGAAAAUGGGUGUCGUGAGCCGGAUUUAAGGUUGAGAAUUAUAUAUGAAAAUGGCACAGUAACACCAUUAUAUAUCAGUCAAGAAGAAUUAGGCAUACCCGAGUGGAAUUUCUGCAGGGUUGAAAUGGGAUAUCACAGGAUUAAAGGGAGCUACGCUUUAAGGGUAUACAGCUGGAUCCCCAAUUAUGUACUCAUAACGUAUAUGAAUGGAACAAGUUAUAACGAUCAAGAAAAUAUGUCUGUUUUUGCCAAAUUAAUCUCCUGGUCUGGUAAAGUUAUAGGUGAUGAAUACGUUGGGCCAGCUUACAUCGUCAAUGGAAUAAUUCAAUACCCCAUUGAAACACAUUUCGAUCGAGUGCAACCUGAAAGAGGAUUUUUCUAUGCUGACUUCUUAA